AUGUCGGCACCACCUUACGAAGGAGCUCCGCCGUACCAGCCAUAUCCGCCUCCACCACAGUACGGUCAACCCAUGUACAACCAGCAACCAGGUUAUGCAUAUCCACCGGGCCAAGUGAACUAUGGUGCUCAGCCGUACCCUACUCAGCCAUAUCCUCAACAGGGUUAUUCUCAACCCUAUCCACAACAGUAUCCGCAACAGCAGCCACAAGUCGUGUUCACCUCGGCCUACUGGGGAGGGACUCACGUCGGCAAAACCGCUACACCUCCAUCAUCGCUCUGCGGUGGAGCAUAUGGUCAUGCCAGUAAUAUUUCUGGGUUUUAA